AUGGCAUCCAAGGCUAUCCCGGCGCCACCUGUGCCCCUGAAUGGGCUGGUGAAAUACAUCACCCAGCACCCCGAGACGCCAAUGGUGGAAUUGAUGGAACCGUACCGCAAGUAUGAGGCCCAUCUGCGCCAGACCUUUGCCCAAGACUCGGACAAUGACUUGCUCAAAGAUCCCUAUGUCAACGUGCUGCCCCUCUUCACCGAGGACACCCCAAACAUCAAGAUCAGGGCCCGCAAGCUGGAGACGGAAUCGAAGGAGGAAAGGGCCAGGUACAUCAUGCCCCUUCCGGCCGAAACCCGCCGCGCCGACGGGUCCCCUGCCGUGGUCCAGUCCUUCAAGGAGUUUCAGCACAAUUUCAACGUCUUCUCUGAGUCGUCGCUCGUCGAGCUUGACUGGAACAAUGUGGUGGCGGCCGGAUCCUCUGUUGUCAACACCCUGCUUCCUGUCCCGGAGGAGUACAGCCGGUCCAAGAGAGGCCUCCGCGAAUUCUACCAUGAGAAAUUCUGCGCUGCUUCCGAUGUCGAUCUGUUCUUGUAUGGACUUUCUGAAGACCAAGCCAUAGAGAAGAUCAAGGAGAUUGAGAACCGGGUUCGCGACGCUCUCCUCACCGAGACCACCGUCGUCAGGACCAAGCACGCCAUCACCAUCUGCAGCCAAUAUCCGACUCGCCACAUUCAGAUUGUGCUCCGGAUCUACAAGUCCGUCUCGGAAAUAUUGACUGGCUUCGACAUAGACUGUUCGGGCGCUGCCUACGAUGGCAAGCAGGUCUACUGCACGCCCCGUGCGCUGCAGUCGUACAUGACCCAGAUCAACCACAUUGACCUGACUCGCCGAAGCCCAUCGUACGAGAGCCGCCUCUCAAAGUACAGCCACAGGGGCUUCGAAGUGUACUGGCCGGACCUUGACCGUACGCGCGUCGAUCCGACCAUCUUCGAGCGAAGCUUUCAGCGCACGCUCGGUCUGGCAAGGCUCCUGGUUUUGGAGAGGCUGCCUACGUCGUCCGCAAGGGAUCAAUAUCUUGACAGGCGCCGUGAAGAGAGGGGCCGGCCUCGUAUCAACCGCCAUCACCGACACCUUCGGUCGCUCAGAGGCAACAUCAAAGAAGCACAUGAGGAUGAGGUUGCCGACUGGCUCACCGAGGAGGAGGUCUCGAACUACCACACGUUUACCAUCCCGUAUGGACCCAGGUUCCAUGCCAAGCGGAUUGAGAAGCUCUGUUACACGAGGGACCUUUUGCUCAAUGCUGAAUGGAACCAGCCGGAGGACAGAAAAGUCUACCUCCAUCGCCAUCCGGCCUUUUUCGGCCGGUUCGAGGAUGUGGUCAAUGACUGCUGCGGAUGCUGCCCCAUUCCACAGACAGGGGAGGAGAAGGAGAUCGCGGAGGAGGAAGGGAAAGUCUUCGUCUCGGGCCGCAUCUCGUUCAUCAAGGACGACCCUGGCAGACAGUCAAUCGGCUCCUUCAACCCCGUGACCGAUGACGACUGGACCGAGAUGGCCUAUGUUGGCAACACUGCCCGACUUUGCCAGGCUAUUGUAGACGGAGACCUCGAGCACGUCGUGGACUGGUUGGCUCAGGAGGGCAGUAAUCCCAACACUCGGGACUACACCGGCCGAACACCUUUGCAUCUGGCCGCCAUGAGCUCCACGCCCGAUAUUGUCCGAGCCCUGGUCGAUGCUGGAGCCCGCCUCGUUUCUCGUCUUGCGGACGGCAGAACGGCGCUCCAUCUUGCCGCUGCCCGGGGAGACGUAGAGAUUGUCAGGAUCCUCCUGGACAGGAGCACCGCCAACGAGGCCGAAUACGAAGAGAAGCAAGAUCGACGUCGGCGAGAAAAGACCGCAGCAAAGACCGCAGAUGGCGGACCAGCCGUUGGAGAAACCGCUAGCGACGAUGACGAGUCGGACGGCGAGAUGGUUGACGAUGCCGAGUCCGAUGACGGGGCACAGAGCAUCGCGACCGGAUCGUUUGUCAAGGUUGGGAAGAAGGAGGCCGAACCGCUGGACGACCCUCUGGCUGAAGACGACGAUGACGAACCUGAUUUCUACGAUAUAAACGUGCUUGCCUGGGACACGCCUUGCUCGGCUCUACACUAUGCUAUCAUCGAGGGGCAUACGGAAGUGGUCAUAACCCUGGUCCAGGACUAUGGUGCGGAUGUCCUCCUGCCCGUCAAGUUCCUCGACUACCAGAAGAAACCGAAUGCUGCACUCACGCCUCUCAUGCUCGCCCUUGCUCUCCCCGUCGAGAAGGCGAAGGAGAUGGUCAAUACUCUCCUCAAGCUCGGCGCGACUUCUGCCCAAGCGGACAUGAAUGGUGUCACUGCUUUCCACGUCUUUGUAGAGCGAAAUGCGGAAUCUCUCCUCAAGUCUCUCUGCGAAAAUGACCCGACGGGGACCAAAACGGCCAUCAACCACAUUGCUUUCGGCAACUACUUCAGUUUCCGGAGCGCUCUACAGAUCGCUGUUCAAAAGGGAAAUCUGGCCGCGGUCAAGAAGCUGCUCGACAGUGGCGCUCUUCCGCAUAUUGAUUUCGAGACCUGGCUUAAAUGCGCGAAGCAAGCCGCGAACAUGGAGAACCAACUCCGUAGUUUCGAGUUCAACCAAGGCCAUUUCUCCUCGGGGGUGGAACAGCCCUUGAUCCUGGCCUUGAAGUCCCCGCGACCCGAAACAGCCCUCGAGCUCCUGGAGCGUGCCGCAAACCCCAACGUCGUUACCAGCACGUCGUGGUAUCACUUCAGUUCGUACUCGCGGUUUACGGGGUCAACCUUGGAUCUUGCACAGAGACAGCUCGAGAUACUCCGUGACUACCAACGGAACAGCGCACCGACGCCUUCUCCUCCGGAGCUGCCGGAAGGGAUCGACUCCUUCCUAGGAAACUUCGAAGAAGGAACAUACCAGCACUGGGUCGUGUCAGAGAAUAUCGAAAGAGUCCGGAGAUCAUAUCAGCUGAAUCUCAGGAGUUAUGAGAAGGAGAGAGCAGCCUCUAACAGUGCUCCAGGUGAGAGGGAGAAGGCAACGGCCAUUGAAGAAGCGAUCAAGACAGUGGAAACGGUCUAUAAGGCUUUGCUUGCCAACGGAGCCAAGACCAUGUCCGAGUUCGAUCCCCGGCCCAAAGACCAGUGGCAAGGCUCCGGGAUUCCGAACCCGCACCGUGCUCUCGUUCAAAAGACGGAGCCUUACAAUUACACCUUCACCUUCCAGAACGUCAAUGACGUGACGGAGGCCAGGAGGAAUGCUUAUAUCAAGCUGUUCAACGCUUCCUGGAAAGGCGACCUGAAGACCAUCAAGACUCUCACACUGACAGCUUGGGAUGACGCCAAGGAGCAAGCGCCGCUUAAGAUUGCUGUUUUCGACUCGAUGAACAACAACCCCUUCUCGGUCGCCGUUGCUCAUGGCCACUACAAUGUGGCGAGGGCGAUCCUUGAGAUCGCGCAUGCGCAGUAUGCCCCGGAAGAGAAACCCAAGACCCGCUACAGGAUGCAGGCCGAACCGCACUCAUCGUGCUCGGACGAUGGCUGUUCCGAAUGCUCAGAUGACGAGUCGGCCCACGGAGACGAUUCGACGCCAAGGAUAUAUGGCGAGAUCAUAGACGAUCAGUUCACCAUCGACAACGUCGGACAGGUGUCGAUGAAGGUGAACAGCCGCACUACGCCCCUACAGAUGGCGAGCUGGGGAUUCCUCCUGCAAUCUGUCAUAUCCGAAAAUAACAUGCAGAGACUCAAGUUUCUCCUGGAGGUCUACGAGCGCUGGAGCGCUCAAAAGCUUGACUCCAACGAAGACCGUCCUCGCUUCUACACCUUCCCAGAUGCUGAAUUCAGGCUAGCUGUCGAACUUGGCCGUGUGGAACUGCUCGGCGAGAUCAUCAAGCGCACCGGGGCCGGGCUGCCCCUGGAGCACAUGGUGAAGCACACGGGGGUGGAAAUCAAAGUGAAGCCCCGGUAUUAUCAGGGGUUGACAGUCUACGGAAAGAAGAGGAGUGACUGGGCAGCCGCUGGGCGCGAGGUAGCCGACAAACCAAGCGGUACCGAAACCUCACCUCUUCUACUCGCUGCCUCUGCGGGCCGGAUCGAGACCGUGGAGUGGUUCCUCAGCGACACUCCGCUAAGACACUAUCUUACCUUCGCCAAGUCCGAGGCGGCCCGUGAAGACGCGAGGCUGAAGCACCUCGCCCAAGCUCCGGGCGGGUUUGACGCCGCUAUUUCUAAGUGGUUGCAUGAUCAGAGUGAUUUGGUCCUACAUGCCGCAGUCUAUGCUCCGCCAAGUAGGGAGGCUACUGAGCUGGUUUCUUAUCUCGUCAGGACCCAACCGACGUUGCUUGAGGUAAAGGCAGCGAAUGGUGUGACGCCGCUCAUGCUAGCCUGCCGACUAGGACGGCUUGAUGCAGUCAAGGUAUUGAUCGAUGCUGGAGCCGACCAGACCACCAAGGAUCGAGGACGGAAUAACCUAUUGCACGCGGCGCUCCAUUACAUGCCACAUCCGAAGAAGUUGAAACCGCUUCUGGAUCUUCUCGAUCGCGCGACUCUUAUACCGAUGCUGAAGGAGCGAAACAAACUUGAUCACUCCGGCCGCACACCACUGCACCAGUAUUGCUACGCCGUGGCCAUUUCCGGGUACCAUGAAGAGGCUGCGAACUCCGCAAUCCGCGUGAUCAAGCUGCUCUUCGAUAUCUCUCCCGAAACGGCCAAGCAGGCACUGAGGAUGCUCGACGGCACCGGCGACACGCCUUUGCACUCGCUUCUGGCCAGGGACGCGGACCCCACCAUCGUGCACGCCGUCAUUGACCUCGACGAGAGCCUUCUGUGCUGCGAAAACGCCGUCGGCCGCACGCCUGCCGAUGUUGCGCACGACCGUUACCUCACCGACGUCGUCAAGCCACCUCAAGUUUUUACCCAGCAUGACGCCUCCGUCUUAUCGCUGAUUCCCAGGCAGCCUCGCGACUUCGUCAAGCGAAAACCGUGCGACGAGCCCGAGGAGCACGAGGCCAAGACCACUGUUGCCAAGAACUGGCGCCUCUGUGUCAGGGUCAUGGAGCGUGUCGGAGGACGACGGCCCAAGCGGACGCUGGUCAGUCUCAACUCGGCCAACUUUGUUGCCGAGCGGCUGGGCCAGCAGCACAUGCGCGACCGCUAUCUCUUCCAGCUGCAGAAGAAGAACAAGGACGAGGACGACAACGACGACGACGCCGUCACGUCAACCGACUCCCAGGACGGUGAGAAUGGCGGCAGGCUCAAGGUUGAUGAGCACAUCACCGCGGAGAAGAGAAAGCGGCGGAGGGAGGAUGUCGUUACCAGGAGAUAUGACGGCGGCAAUUCCGCGUGGGCGAGCCCGAAGAGAAAGGAAAAGGAGGACAACAAUGACAACCAGCACGACAGUACGGGAAGCGAGUCGAGUGAUGACGACGAGGAUGACCUGCUCCCGCAAUGUGCUAAGUGCGGGCGCCGCCAUUACCAGGGCCGAGCCUAG